CAAGCGCUCGAUGAAGUUUUACCAUGCCUUUGUCUGGACGGCCAGUUUGGUCAUGGGCGUGGUGACGUUCGCGGCCAAGUACGACGGUCUCGAAGCCGGCGGCUUCUUCCAGGUCGACGGUCGCGCCGUCAACACCUCGGCGCCGGCCAAGUACCUCAUUGGUUUCUGCCUCGCGUCGUCGCGCAACCUCGAUGAGCCCGUCAAAAACAAGUCGGCCACGGUCGGCACGGACGAGGACGUCGGUGCCAAAUUCUUUCGGAUCCAGACUUGGCCGUGGAUCUUGCUGUAUGGCUUUGUGAUCUUUGUCCUGAUCGUGUCGCUCGUCGUGCUCUUGAUUGCGUGGCGCCGGCUCUACUCGGGCGGCGUGCCCAAGACGUACAACCUCCGUCUCCGCGUCCUCAACUACAUUUCUCUGUUUACGGGCGCGCUGGUGUUUUACUGGCUCUUCCUGCUCUUCCUCUACAUGUCGACGUACUUUGUGACCAACUCGGCGACGCAUCAAGACGACUUGGCGCCCAUGGUCCUCAAGCAAUUCUUCAUGUUUCUCAUCGCGUCCAAGGGCUACCUCGAGUACAUCAUUUGGUUUGCGGUCAACAACGUCCAAAAGACCCGUGGCAAGGGCCGCAACCACGACGUCGACGUCGACUUGAGUCCCCAAGUCAACCUCGCCUUGCGGUCCGAGAUCCUCUACUACACCACGUCGGGCAUCAAGCAGUCGGUCCAUGAAGUCGGGCACGGCUCCAAUACGUCCGAGAUGUUUCUCCUCAACGACGGCUCGUCCGACGACAAGCACAACAAAGCCAUCAAGUUUUGGUCGUACGCACCGACAACGUUCCGUGCGAUUCGCGAGACCUUUGGCAUCGGCGAUCAUGAGUACACGAGCCUGUUCUCGGCGACGACCAAGGAACGGUUUAGCGAAGGUCGAAGCGGCGCCUUUAUGUUUUACACGUCCGAUGAAAGCUUUAUCGUCAAGACCAUGUCUCGGGAAGAGUGCGACUUGCUGCGUCGCAUGGCGCCCAAGUACGCGACGUACCUCAUGUCGCACCCGCACUCGCUCUUGACCAAGUUUUACGGCUGCCACGCCGUGCUCUUGUACGGCAAGAUGUACUACUUUGUCGUGAUGGGCAACCUCUUUGCAAACACGCAAGUGAUCCACCACCGGUAUGACAUCAAGGGCAGCUGGGAAGACCGCAACGCGACGAUGCCCAAAGUCGGCGGCAAGGUCACGUGCCGCUACUGCAACGCGCGCUACACGUUUGGGAGCACGAAAUCGCAAGAGUGCGGCGACGGCCUCAACUACCACGAGCCCAACAUUGUCUUGAAGGACAACGACCUGAUGACCAAGGUCCGGAUCGAUCCGCGCUCGGCCGAGCAGCUCUACGACCAGAUCUGCUUCGACUCGGACUUUCUCUACGACCAAGGCAUCAUGGACUACAGUCUCCUCAUGGGCGUCCAGAGCUGCGAAUACUACGUCGAGCCGGGCAUCGUUGGCGGCGCGCACGGCAACGGCAUCCAGUCGGCGUCAGCGUUUGCGACCCAGAUGGCGACCAGUCAAUGGACCUUUGAGAAGAAGUUUGAGCGCUUCUACAAGCGGUACGCCAAGCGCAAGGACCCGGAUGGGAUUUCGGCCAUGCCGCCCAAGCAGUACAAGCUCCGGUUCCAGCAAAAGAUGAGCCAAGUGUUUGCGAUCUCGAAAGGUCUCUCGAACCCGUUUGCGGGCCAGCAGCCCAUUUGGCUCGACGUGCUCGACCAAGGCGUUGCGUCAUCGACGCGCAACAACGGCGUCUUCCGCGAGAACGCGACGACGUUCAACCAGUACGUCGACGAAGCCAACCUGCGCCAUACGACCGCCAUGGUGCUCUCGGACAACGAGCGGGACACGCGCCACGUCAUUCCCAAGUAG